GUGUUCUGAGGUCUGGCUUGCUCACUUCGCUGGCGCUUUGCGUUUUGCCGUAUCGUCCCCACCCGCCGCCGCUGACGAAGCAGUGCCGGUGUCACAUAUCGGGCACUGGGCGCUGACCGCGCGGUGGAACAUCGUAGAUGACGAGGCCCGUCGAAACGCGGUGCCGGUGAUUACCGCUACGAGCAGGUGGUGGCGGUGCCGAGGCGGCCAAGUUUCACGCACAACUAUGGAGACCGGCGCUUUCGUGACGGCGUUGUGCCUCGCGUUGCUGUGGGAAUCCGGCGAGGCUAUCAAGUGCUGGGAAUGCAACUCUCACGCAGAUCCAAGGUGCGCCGACCCCUUUGACAACACGUCGUUGCCCAUCGGCGAAUGUGCUGCCCGGAGUUUGCCCCACUACCCAAAUCUCAAGGCGACCAUGUGCCGCAAGAUUCGACAGAAAGUGAACGGCAACUGGCGGUUCAUCCGGUCCUGCGCUUUCAUGGGCCAGCCAGGCGAAGGCACCAACGACGAGAACUACUGCCUCAUGCGGACUGGCUCUUACGAUGUGUUCGUCGAAACCUGCACCUGCAAAAGCAAGGACGGCUGCAACACAGCCUCGCAACAAAGCGGGCCAUUUUUACUCUUGGCUUUCGGAGCAGCUGCGGUUACCGUUGUGGUGUUGGGCACGCUUCGCUAGUGACCACUUCUCCCAGUGUACGCCAUGCCACUAUGCACAUGGACCACUCAGACACCGUGGCUUGUUGUGGCCUGCCCAAGGUGCCCGAGUGUGUGAAUCUCCAGAAACACUUGUUGCGUGUACGCUAUAAUGGAGCCUGAUAUUACAGCAACGCCGCCACCUGGUGGUUAAUUUUGUCGCCGUUCCACCUGUUCCAGAUGUGAAGGUGCACCAUUGCGGAAACAACCAAUCAUUGGGUGGUCCCCAAAAAGACAGCGUUCUCUCUUUAUCCUGUUUGAUGCUUACGCACCCUAACAACUCUGUGCUGUGGUGAUGGGGCUUGUUGCACUCGGUCAGCUUCGCUCGUGAGGUAAUAGUUGUGAGGCAUGUGCUUAAAAGGUGAAUUCUGGCUAGUAUUCUUUCUCGAUCACUUUCGCGAGAUUUUACCACUUUCGCACCGGGCAAGUUGAACCGCUACUGGCCAAAGCGGCGUGACGUUGUGUGUACUGUGCUAAAACAGUAGUAACGCUGGUGUGGCACAUGGACAUUAAUGCUUUCGACACUUAUCUCGUGAAAGUAUCGUCAAACGUACUCGCCAGAAAACACCAGAACUACAUGUGGCAAGUGCAAGCUAGUUUUGAACUGUCCGUCCAAUGUGUUUUGUAGGAGGAUCCUCAGCGCGCUGAGCGAACGUCAAUGGCCUACCCCACCGAGCUUGUACUUGGUGAGUGUGCCGAGUUAUUGUUAGAGCUAACGACAUUGAAACGUCGGGCCCUUAAGGCACAAGCGAAGGUGGUCGAUGUGCAGUAGUGUCGAGCACUGAUAAUUCAGUGCAGGUUGAAGAAAAAAAAUUUCAAGCAUGAAGGGAACCAUUCUGCAAAUAUGUUUUCCAUUGUUGUUAGCUCUUUUGAAAGGUCACACUACCAGAAAGGUGGGGUACAUUUGAGAAUGACGAACGUUGGCAAACGAAACCAGUUGCUGGGCUUCUCAAGGAAAAUUGGCAGAUAAGGUGGUGUGCUCUAUAGGUCGAAGGGUAAAACGUGUUGAUGAAAGCUGGUCAAGAGGGACCGAGCAGAAUUUUUUUUUAAGGACCACGAGAAGCGGUCAGCCAGUUGCAUUUAUACUGUAAAAGUUUAGAGAAAGGGGGCACAUACAAGUUAAUCUCUUCGUAAAGAUAGUACUCAUUUUUUUUUUCUAGCAAGAAAAUUGUGAAGGGAGAAGAUAAAUUCAUGCCCCCACUUUGUUCUGCAUUCUCUAGCAGACCACAGAGCAAUGUUUUGAUGGUGUACAGUUAUAGGCUUCUGCCGUCCUGUCGCAUGUUUUUAAUCACGGCUGUAGAAGCCAGCAUACUUCUUAUUUUCGGUCUGUGACCUUAUACAGCAUCACAAUCCUGGAAUUACACUCAGUGGUGAUCUUUAACAUCAAUCUUGGAACUCACUAUAGAACUACCUGCACCAUACACAGGAAAAAUUGCAGUGCCUUAGACAAUUGUGGUCGCCUAUAUGUAAAGUGCAGUGAAAUUAUGCAAUUGUUCACUGGGAAUUGCCGGUGGGUCAUCGUAUUUGAAGCAAGCUAGCCUCUGGUGUAGAUCGGUUAGUCUUCUUUUUUGUGUGUGCGUUUGUACAGUUGGUGUUGUCACCAUCCUCAACGUCUCGCAAGAAUGUCACGCAUGGUGGUACAUCAAUAGAAAAUGUUUUUCAUGCAGUAAUCUAUAUAUAUAUAUAGCAUACCGCCUGUGAAAAUUUUGUGUGUACUUGUAAUAUUGUGUACUUAGCGGGAAAACCUUGCCAGUGUCAUUUGAAUCACAGCUGACAACAGACGUUAGAGCUGAACUCGUGUGUAAGUGCGCUAAAACAGUCGGCGUAAUUUUAUGUUUCCUUUGUGUGUGAUUUAUCAGCCCGGUGGGAACGCAUGCUACAUAAACGAUUCAGUUUCAGUAGCAUCUUAUGCAAAAGAAACAACAAAUACAACACUGACGUAAUGAUUUACUCAUUUCCAAGUUUCAAAUGUUUCAUUAAGGGGUGCGGGGAGAGGUGGAAGGGGGGGGGGGGGGCACACUCUGCAGUGAUGCGAUUUUCUCUUCUCAUGGAAGUGCGUUCGUUUUGUUGAUUCGUUGCAUGUUAUACCUUGUCGCCAGCUUUCUUGCAGGUGGUGAACAUUCCGUCCAUUUAUUUUUAAAUCUAACACCACCAGUAUAAUCCCAAGUGCCACAAAUCAUGGAAUUGUAACCAGAUUGCCUGUUUCACCAUGUACUAUUUAAUUCCCAUGUUUUACUGCAAAUGGAAUGUGCGUACGUGGAUUGCGAAAGGGGUGUUUGAAUGCUCGCUUGUUUAACCAGUCCAUUUUUUAUAGACGGAUUUUUUGUACAAAUAAAAUUAUUACUAUUCACAG